CGCCCGCACCAUUUACUCUUCAUCUUUACAAUGACCGUCGAGACUGGCACCCCUGCACUCUUCCAGCCUAUUCGAGUUGGUGAUCUUGAUCUGAAGCAUCGCAUUGUCCUCGCCCCACUGACAAGGUUUCGCGGGUAUGAUGAUCAUGUCCCCGGGCCGCAAGCCGCUACCUACUAUUCCCAGCGGGCCAGCAUGCCCGGUACGCUCUUGAUCACGGAGGCGACGUUCAUCGCCGCACCUGCUGGCGGCUAUGCGAAUGUACCGGGCAUCUACACCGAUGCACAGAUUGAAGGAUGGAAGAAGAUCACGGACAACGUACACGCUAAAGGUUCCUAUAUCUACCUCCAGCUUUGGGCACUGGGCCGCGCAGCCGACCCAAAGUUCCUCGCAUCUGAGGGGCACGAACUCGUCGGUGCCUCCGAUAUACCGCUAGAGGACUACGCCAAAGCAGGCCUCCCAGCACCCCGGGUGCUGACGAUACCUGAGAUCAAGGAGUACGUCCAGCUGUAUGCGAACGCCGCGCAGAACGCAAUCAAGGCAGGCUUCGACGGCGUCGAGAUCCACGGAGCAAACGGAUACCUCAUAGACCAGUUCCUCCAGGACGUGAGCAAUACGCGCACAGACGAGUAUGGUGGCAGCAUCGAGAGUCGAGCAAAGUUUGCUCUCGAGGUCGUAGAUGCCGUCGUGAAUGCUAUCGGUGCCCCUAAAACCGGUAUUCGCCUGAGCCCGUGGAGCAAAUUCCAAGACAUGGGGAUGAAGGAUCCGAUUCCUACCUACACUUAUUAUGUGAACGAGCUCAGGAAGCGCAACCUCUCCUACAUCCACGUCGUCGAGCCGCGCGUCAACGGGAACGUGGACGUUAAAGAAUGGACCGGUUCGAACGACUUCAUCCGCGAAAUCUGGGGCGACCGUCCCUACAUCACGGCUGGCGGGUACACUCGCGAGCAGGCACUCAAGACUGCCCAGGAGAAGGGCGGCCUGAUCGCCUUUGGGAGACUAUACAUAUCAAACCCCGACCUGCCUCGACGCCUAUUGGAAGACAUUCCUUUGACGAAGCCUGACAGGACCAAAUUCUACCUUCCUGGAAGCCACACGCCGGAGGGUUAUACCGACUGGGAGUUUGCGGAUGUGCCCACGAAAGCUAGAAUAUGAUCAUAUAUCUAAGACUAGGAUCUUACAGGAUCUUUUGUAUCAUAGAUGUGCCUAGACUCCAAGCCCUUGGGUGUAAGGGAACAGAUAUCAUCUCUCAGGAUACUUUUCCGACCUGGUGCUGAUCACUACCCUGACAAACAUCACGCUCCAAAAACCACCAGAAGGAAGUCGAUCAGACAGCUCGAUAUACUCUAUACCGUAUUGCGGAUAUAUGUUCAGUGUGACAAGAUAUGUGCAGACAGAUAUUUACUAUGCUAUCGAAGCAGGAAGGAAGUGAGGAUGUAAGUAACUACAAGCGUAAAAAUACAGUGGUCCCAAGCUAGCCAGGAUAUUAACGAGUCCAAAGGCUCAGUAUCUAUGUAUCUAUCCUAUGCGACUCCAAUGAAUGUGAGGAAACAUCGACAACAGACCAGUACACAAACUCGCCGCGCAGGUUAAGCUACGACAGCUUUUCUAUGGCGAAGUAACGGGAAAAAGGCAACGGAUAUACGGAAAACAAAAAGAAAGAGUAAACGUCUAUGCCCAUUGCAGACCCCAACCAGCCUUGGCAACCCUCGAGGCCGCCAUGAACCCAGUCGACGCAAAGAUGAGGGUGAGGCAUAACACCUGCGCCUUCCAAAACUCGCCCGUGUCGAGGUUGAUGAGCGCGCCGGCGACGGGCGUGCCGAUGAGGACGCCGAGGCCGCCGCACGUGAAGCCCAUGCCCAUCCACGUGCCGACGCGGCCCAUGUCGGGCGUCAGGCUCGCCAUCGUGCUCGCGGGCAGGGACACGUACGUGCCCGAGAAGAAGCCGUAGAGGACCGCGAACGCGAGGAGCCCGCUCGUGCUGGUGACGCCGAGCCAGCCACAGGCGAGCACGCCGGAGAUGAACGCGAAGGGGAUCAUCAUGUUGAGCGGGCCGAUGUAGUCCGCGACGAGGUUCGGCAGCACGCGGCCGAAGCUCGAGGCGGCGUUGAGGAUGGCGAGGAAGUAGAAGGAGAGCUCGUCGCCCGCGUUGGUGCGGGUGAGUGCGUACGAGGAGAUGUAGAAGAAGGGGAUGUACAUCCCGGCAAAGGCGAUGAAAGCGCCGAUGCAGAAGAGGGCGUAGGGGGGAUAUUUGAAGGCAGGAAGGUCGAUGAGUCUGCGGCGGGCGGCGGGCGUGACGCGCUGGCGCAUGACGGCAAGCGAUAUGGCGAGAGUACCGAGGGCGAUGAAGCCGAUUGCUCGCGUCGCCCAUGCAAAGCCUACCUGAGCCAGUAGUUGCCGAAAUACGGCCGGAUAAAUAACACCACCGAUACUGCUUCCACUGGCUGCCACUCCCACAGCGAAACUUCUCCACCUCUUGAAGUAGGUGGCCAGAAUUGCGACGGAAGGAACAAAAAGACAACCAGAACCAAUACCAAAGGCAACUCCCUGAGCGAGGAAGACUUGAUAGUACUCGGUUGAGAUACUCGUCAUCAUGAUACCAAACACGACAAGUACGGUGCCUGUUGAGACGAGCGUUGUGAAAUAGCCCAUGUCGAAGAUAGGGCCUGUGAGGACCCCGACGAUCAUGGUCAGACAAGGCUGGAGCGAGCCGAUCCACGCGAUGUCGCUGGCGCUCUGCGACGCGAGAAGAUUGGUCUCGUAGUAGGUCUGAUAAGCGCCGAAAGUGUUGCAGAUCCCCCAUGAGCUGAAGAAGAGGAAGAAAGAACCCAAGACCUGAAGCCAUGCAACGACACCACCGUCGGGAAUGUCGUCUCCGGGAGCGAGGACCUUGUCCGCCGAGGUGUUGGUCUUCUCUCUGACUUCAACAUCCGCGAGCGUGUUUGUCUCGCUGUGGCUGCGGUUCGGGUCGAGGAACGACGGCUGAUUCCGCAGCUGCUGUUCUUGUCCGGGGAGAGCGGCCAUGAGGCUGGACAGACGAGAGGAAGCGCGGAAAAUGCGCGAGGCGGGGACGGUGAGAGGAUGCG